AUGAGAAAACUCCUCGGCAAAGUAACUGCCGAAAGCAGCACCGACACCCACUCCAUCGGCAUCACCAGUGCGCCGCAAUACCAGGCCUCCUACAGACCCAGUGCCUCUCAGAACGUCGUCUACCCUGCCGGCGCCCCCAUUCUAUGCCUCGAUACCUCCACCGAUCACCGAGCUGCUGUCAUCGCCGGUAGACAUGUUCUCAAGACCAUCCUCUUCGACGGCCUGUCCGUCAGCGAAGGCACCGACCUCCGCGCCGCUAUCAAUUCCGCCUCGAGCAAGGGCGCAUCGAGCUCUCUGACGGCAGACCAACUCUCCAUUCGAGACGUCAAAUGGCAUGGCGACGCCACCAUCUUCACUGCCUGUGCCAACGGCAAGAUCUUCUCCUACGACCUUUCGAGGAUUGCGACCGGCGGCGCUGCGCUCGAGUUCGUUCAGACGAGGGAGGAUUCGCGACAGGUCAACAGUCUCGACAUCAACCCUCAUAGGCAAACCACCUUACUCUCCGGGAGUCAGGAUGGUCUGGUGCGGUAUUUCGACAUUCGCGCGCCAGUACAAAGCAGGUCAGGGGGGCUCACCUACAGCCCUCGAGGGGCAUACAAGUGCAAUGCGGACGGAGUCCGGCAGGUCAAAUGGUCACCCAAAGAUGGUUUCUACUUUGCCUGUGGCACCGAGUCUGGCGUCGUGCUCAAGUGGGACGUACGCAAGAUUGCUCAGCCAUUGCUCAAGAUCCCUGCGCAUGACAAGGCCUGCGCCUCCAUCUCGUGGCAUCCGGAUGGCAACCAUCUGAUCAGCGGCGGCUGGGACAGCAAAUGCGCUGUAUGGGAUAUGUCCAAGAAUGCUGAUAAACGUCAAAAGCCUCGAUGGGUCAUCUACACACCCUCCUCUGUGUCUGCGGUGGCGUGGCGGCCUGGUCUUUGGUCUGCCAGCGCUCAGGGAAAACGCGCCGCUCAGGUUGCUGUCUCUUACGACGACGGCAGCCACAAGCGAUACGGUAUCAACGCCGUACACAUUUGGGACUUGGCCAGGCCAUCCAUGCCAUACAAGGAGAUUGAGCGCUUCGAGAUCUCCCCCUCAGGUCUGUUGUGGCAGAACCAGGACCUUCUCUGGACCGUCGGCCACGACGGCUUUUUCAACCAAUGCGAUGUAGCAUUUGCCCCGAAAGUCCUCGAUAGGCAAUCUGUGUCGACGAUGGCACUAUCUGCUAGAGGCGAUGCCGUCAUGUUCCUCGACGAGCGACUACAUGACCGCCCACGACCUCCCAUCGUCCAUCAUCAGCCAAGCGUCGUGCCUCCACGAACAUCCUACAGCUCAAGUCCGACGACACCGAUGCUGAGCAUCAGUCGCAGUGAUUCUGAAGAAGAUGUCGUCGGCAGCUUUUUAGGGCCUCGUCGGCGAGUGAGCAGGAAACGCAGGCACAGUCUGCGCUCCAUCCCUGUCCUCAGCACCACCCCUCCAUCAGGGCCAGGCCUAGGCGACGAUCUCGUUCUGGGUCUUGAGCAAGCCAUCAAAGUCACAGGCACUUACAAGACUCAGCAGUCUAUGGCUGUUGGUCAUGUGCCUGCAGCAGCAAGAGUCGAUGUUUAUCAAUAUCUUUCCAGCUACUAUCUUGAGACUCUGGACAAAGACCUCCCGUUUGUCGAUGGAGCGAAACCACUAGCGCAAAGAAUCUCUGGCAUUAUGGAGAAAUACGCACGCGCUGCAGAACACGUCAAUCUGUUCCGCCUAGCACAGACAUGGCGGAUUCUGGCUUACUCAAUGAACCUCUUGUUGAGCAGAAGAGCGCAGUUCCACCUCGAGACGCGACUUGGGCGAUUCCAGAAGAGGCGGUCCAUUUCCAAAGGCAAAGACGUACCCAAGCUCAGGGUACCGAGAGCAUUGGAUGUUGUUGUGGAGAUGAAUGGGGAAGAAACCCCUCGACGGCCGUCAGCUCUUACAUCCAAUGGCAUAGACAGCAAGUCUUUGGGGCCGCGGUCCUUGCUCUCCGAAGAGAUUGAAAGCACAUCCAACGUUGCAACCCCAAUUGCGAGGGCCAUCAACGAGGAAAAUGCGGAUCAGUUUGAGGAAGCUCAGCUGCCGCCGGUCAAAGAGUUGGAUAGCUUUGCUUUGCCCCCCGCUGCCCACAGUACGUUCAACAUAAGUCCAAGGAGACGGCUGGACUCGGUUCCUUUGUCUACUACAAGUCAUGAAAGCGAUCAGACGCAGGCCUCCAUCACAGAGGGAUACGACUUCUAUGAUACUGACGCACUGUCUCAAGCGAUAGAUGUGCCCGAGCCAAAGAAAAAGGAGCAGAAGCCCUUGGACUAUGGCCCCCGCACGCCGAAUAGUCGACGCCCGUUGCGACAUGACUCUGAUGGCUUUUCUCAAAUGUUCUCCAUGUCCGAGAGCAGCCGACAGACUUCUGGGCUGGCAUCAUCCUCCGAAGGGGGUACAUCAGCGUCGGCUCACUCCAUCACUAGCUAUCCCGCUCAGCUUGCACAUCAAAGGAAUGCUAAAGAGCAGGGCGAAUAUGAAAGCCGCAUCCGUGGCAAAGAAAUCGAGGACUCUCCAGAACAUGGUGCCCUGGCAUCGCUGCAUGGUCCUGGCGAGAGUAUGCCCAAAGAAUCUCCAGAAGAAAUCUUUAUGAUUUCUCAGACGACCAUGGCUUCUGAUACAGCUACGGAUGAACCGUCGACACAUUCACAGCUGGGAUCACUACCUGCGACCUACGAAGACCAUGCACCUCUUCACGUCGGUGUUGCUGCGUCGAGCCCUCCGAGGAUCGCCACAGCCCCUCAACACGACACAACACCGAAUAUUCUCGAGUCCGACUACCUCCCAUGGCCGGAGGACCCAUCAUACCCACAUCCUUUAUCAUCGAACCCAGAGGAGGACCGCUCACCGCCGCUGAACCCGUAUACCCUCCUAUCUCGCGCCCUGGAUUUUGAAACACGGACAUCAGCACUCAACGCCUCCGCCAUGGUCCUACUGCUGAAGCCUCUCGUGCCCGAAUCCGUCAUCGAUCCCCAUCGCGCAUCCUCCAUCCUCCGGCAACACCACUCACGCCUGACAGGAAUGAAGCUCUUCAUCGAAGCUGCCCUCCUCCGAAAGCUCUGUAUCAAAGGCUGGCCCGAAGGUAUUCCAGAUUGGGGCGAAAACUACACAUCCAUUUUCGGCCCCGCUCAACAAGGCGUCAAGGGCGGUUUCAUCUGUCCUAGCUGCCACAAGCCGCGAGAGCUGGACCCGUCUCUCGGCUCCAGGGCCCUGUGGAAAUGCGACCGCUGCCGAACAACAAUGGCCCCUUGCGCCGUAUGCGGCCACCGCGAGACCACAGCGACGAUGCUCUCCCUCGCCGAAGGCGUCUCCGCCGCCCCGGCACCAACCGACCCGGUGAUGAGCAUAUGGUGGUACUGUCCCGGCUGCGCCCACGGCGGUCACGCGACCUGUCUUCAAGAUUGGCACGCGCCCUCGGACGACGGCAGCUACGAGCUCAGCGACGGGUGUUGUCCCCUCGACGGUUGCGGACACGCGUGUCUUCCCGGCAAAUGGCGGGAUGAGAAGUCGACGACGCGCUCAGACGAGCUUGGUCGUGCAGCUGUCGAGAAAGUACGCAUCGGCGGGGGCGGUUUGGUUGGCGGCGUCGGUGGAGGGGGUAAAGCCGAAGGGGGACGGAGUCCUGUGAUCCCGCCCAAUGUCCGCGGCGACAGCGUCGAAGUGCCGCAGAGUCGUGCGGUGGAGAGCGUUCGCGAGGCGUUGGCGAACGGUACGCCUACGUCAGGGAUACUGAGUUCAAGCCCGGGGAGCAGGACUGGACCCGGCGAGCGCGAGAGGAGGAAGAGCGUCAAGUUUGUGCCGACGGAGCGUUAG